ACAAGGUUGCUUCUUGUUGGCUUUCCCCAGGUUCCACCCAACAUGCUCCUCUCUACGCUUCUUGUUCUCCGGUGAUUAUAAUGCCACAUCUGCAGUGCGCCCGGCGGUCUGCUGGAUCUGCCUCGUGCUUCAACAGAGCUUGGACUGACCAGACCCAGGGACACCCCUUAUUCCAGCCUCAGACCACCCUCCAGCCGCCUUUACAGUCUCAACCCCCGGAACCACCUUCUCAGCCACCCUCUGCCUCUGGGGCCAACCAACACCGUUUUUUGAGCUUAGCGCCUUGUUGCCGACCAAUCAUGAGCUCUCAGGGUCGUCAGAAUUAUUCCCCCGAGGUGGAGGCCUCCGUCAACUGCCUGGUCAACAUGCAUCUGCGGGCCUCCAACACUUACCUCUCUCUGGGCUUCUAUUUCGACAGCAGCGAUGUGGCUCUGCAGGGCUUGGGCCACUUCUUCCGCGAGUUAGCCCUGAAGAAGCGCGAGGGUGCCCAGCGGCUCUUGAAGUUGCAAAACCAGCGGAGCGGCAGCGCGCUCUUCCAGGACGUGCAGAAGCCGUCGCACGACGAGUGGGGUAAAGCCCUGGACGCCAUGGAAACGGCUCUAGUCCUGGAGAAGAACCUGAACGAGGCAGUUUUGGAUCUGCAUGCCCUGGGUUCUGCCCGUGCCGACGCUUAUCUCUGUGACUUCCUGGAGAACCAUUUCCUGGGCGAGGAGGUGAAACUCAUCAAGCAGAUGGGCAGCCACCUGACUAACCUCCGCAGGCUGGCCGGCCCUCAGGCCGCGCUGGGCGAGUAUCUCUUCGAAAGGCUCACCUUCAAGCUCGACUAGCCUC